CACUCACUCGCUCCCACAUUUGACUUGCCCUCGUUGGUCUGACGACAUUUAUGUAUGGUUCGGGACGUACGACACGAAAUACAGGUCAAGUCCUGGUGUCCUGUAUGUGUGUAUGUAACAGGACACAACCACCCAGUCAGUCGCCAUCCUGACUUCCUUUACUCACUGCCCUACUGCCCUGCUGCCCUGCCUCCUAUGCCAUGGCUAUGGUUGGUUCCUUCCUGACCGUCUGUCUCCUCCUGUUGGCCUGAAGCUGUGUGAGUAGGCAGAGCAGGUCGUCGUCCCCGUGUCCCCCCGACAUGCCGAGGGCCACCGUUGCACGAAUGACCUUUUGCAGCGGCAGGUGUGAGAUCUUGGGGAGAUCCAACACAAACACACGUACCAGCUGCUGAAGCGUCCACCGGUACUCGCGGGUCUCGGGGCACAUAACGCGGCCGUACGCAUCCACCACCUUCACCAUCUGUACGUACGUACGUACCGUACGGACCGGACCAUGCCAUGUGGGCCAUGUGGGGUGCAAGCCAAGCCACAUCAUAUCAUGCACACCACAGACACACGACAGACACAGGACAACACAACAGCCAAGCCAGAAUAGCUAUCAGAUGUCCUGUCGCCUUGUGCGUCUGUCUGUCUGUCUGUCCGUCUGUGUGUGUGUGUGUGUGACGUACGUACGUCCGCAGGCUUCAUGCGCCGUGUGAGUGAGGUGUCGGUGAUGCCCUUGUCCCGCAGGCGGCCGUGGCAUGCAUGGAAGAACCCAUACACACACGGCUGGGCGUACCGGGCCUCUUUGGCCUGGGGCCAUAGCCACACUCCCUCUGGGUCGGGGUGGGCAGCGUCACACAGGGAGCCGUCGGUACAAUCACCACUGCCGCUACCCGCAGCCCUCGUGGUCGCUUGCUGCAGCCUCUCGGCCUCGUACCUGGUCGACACAGACAAACAAACAAACAACAAAUACAUACAACACAUAUCAGUCAGUGAGUUACCUGCUCAGCUGCCAUGCCUACCCUCUCUCUCUGUCUCUCUCUCUCUCUCUGUGUGUGUAUCCAUACGCGAGUGUGCUAGAGAUGGCGUCGUGUGCGUCAGCGAAUGCGGCGCAGAGAUUCGACACCUCCUGCCAACUAAACGACUCGAUCGCGCGCGAACAAUGCUGCCCCCACACACAACACAACACACUGUACUGUAUCCCUCCCUCCCUCCUUUCCUCCGUCCGCGUGGCUUGCCUGUCUGUCUGUCUGUGUGUCUCACGUCCCUCCCUACGGUGGCGAGUUGUGCGACGAGUAUGAAGUCUCUGAGGCAGUUGCCCUUGGCCAGCGCAUAGGUGAUGCACGCCAGCGUGUUGGGGAGCGGAGGACCCUCCACUGCAGUGCACACCUUGCCGCCACUAUGUGGGCCGGUGGUGACAGUCCCUUGGUGUACUCGUGGUGCCACCCCCCUCACCCUGCCGCCCCGGGUGCCACCACCCCGCCGGCCCCUCGGGGCUGGGGGUGUAGGUGGGGAUGGCACCUCUGUCGGGGAGCUGGGGGGGUGACUGACGUCCACCAUGGUGAACAGCUGCCUGAUGUGGCCGCACACACUCGCCAGAAAGCUGAUGUCCGGGGCGCCGCUCUGAGGCACAGGCAGGCAAAGUGAGUGGAUCGGGGAGGUGUUCUAUGAGGUGCUCUGUGUGUGUGUGUGUGUAUGACCUUGGUGUAAGCCUGCAGGACCAUGCCACUGCUCUGCCAAUCACACUCGUGGAUGCGCUGAUAUUGACGCAGGGAGACAGGACAGGACAGGACAGAACAGGACAGGACAGCACGGCACGCACCAUAUGCACGUUUCGCGACAGCUGUGUGCGUGUACCUCAGCGAUGGCCGUCCACAGUAGUGGUAGGAGUGGGUCGUUGACGAGCCCCACCUUGACAUACCCAUGGGCCAACAGACACAGCUGCCGGGGGUCGGCCUCACCCAAUAAUGAAGGCAACACCUAUCACACACACACAACACACACACGCACACACGGCACGGGGAGACAGACAGACAAAGCGGCUUGGCGAUAUGCCCGUCCGUCCGUCCAUCCGUCUGUCCCUGUGUGGUGUGCCUGGACUGCCUGGGCUGCGCGUCUGCCUGCACCUGCUUGCCUGUGUGACUUGGUGGAAGAAUGCUUCGUGUAGUAUGUGCACGGCGGCAAAGGCAUGGACGGCGACGGCGAUGUUGCGGACCGACAGGACCCCUGCGGUGCAUGCCAGGUGGUCCCCCAACAUCUUGUAGAGCUCCAGGUAGCCCUGGUCGGCUCCGUCGCCCCACUUGCUAAACGAAUUGGCCAAACCCGACAACUGGUCAGCCGUCAGGCUGCUGGAAUGCUCUAUCGCAACCCUUGCCAGCUCGUCAAACAGCUUCUUGACCCUCGACCUCGUCUCGGCAUUUGUCCACCCCAACAAGGACAUCGACCGAUUGUAUGCCGUGGCCAGGCUGGUGGCGGCCUGCUGGUCAAGCUCAGUCCUCCGGCCUGGCGAGCUGACCACGUCGACGGCAAUUUGGUCGAGGAGUUGAGUGUAGAGCCCCCUCGCAUGGGCGAUGUCUGGCAGCCCAGACCAUGACAAGACCACUCUGCUGAGCUGCUGGAGCGGCAUGCGCUCCAGGUGCCGCUUGACGAGCCCCAAAAGAUGCUCCAGCACAUACAAUCGGUCUUGCUGCUGCAUGUCGGCUGAGAACUCACACAUGGCCGACACGGCCGACACGGUGCCAUGGAGCGAAAACACCUUGUGGUGCCGGCCUGUGAAGCGCCGCAGCAGCUUGGUCACCAGAGCCCCAAGGUCACCAACGCCCCCAGCACCAGCACCAGCACCAUAAUCUGUCUUGUGGAGGAAACCGCCCUCCCCAUUACGUUUGGCCUUGACGUAGCAGGUGAGUAUAAGGCCGACCUCCGCCGCGUUGAGCUUGGCCAUGUGUUCCUCAGCGGUGCUGUGGAAGGUCCUCCAGACGGUGGGAUCGUACUGCCGCCUCACGACCGCCUGCAUCAUGGCCGACAGCAGCUCGGUGACGUCGUCGGUGCCGUGUCGCAGGAGGAUCUUGCUGAUGGGGGGCGGCAGGCCCUCCAGCUCCACACCAAGCCGAUUGCGCUCUGCCAGUGCAUCGACCAUGUCGAAGGGCACCGUGUCGAUGACCUCUAGGUGGGCCUCCUUCUCGGCGCGGCUGCGGGGCUGGUGCAGCUCACCAAACGGCUUGCUGGUGCGGGGGACCGAUGAUGGUGCAACCUGGCACAGGCAGGCAGGCAGGCAGGCAGGGCAUGGCACACGACCAGGCAAUCGACAGACAGACAGACAGGCAUCCAUCCAUCCAUCGGUGCAAUCAAUAUGUUUGAGUGGGUAUGUGUGCAUGUCCUGUAAGGAUGUGCUCAUGGGCUGCGCACCUCCGUCAUGUGCGCAACGCGUGUUGCUGCCGGGGUGGAGGGGCAGACAGCAGCACCAGCAGUACUUGCAGCGAGGCGCCAUGAGGAUAUCAUCGAUGGAUGGAUGGAUGCCCAGAUCUCGAUCAACCAAUGAGGGACCCAACAGGCGUCAGUUGACUGACAUGCAAGGAACCUUUUCCAAGAGGGGCAACAGACGGGUGGGAGCGCUUUCAACAACGAACGA